GCGUGUCCUUGCUUUCCGCCUACCGCGUCCUUUGUGUCUACUUCCACCCUCGCACUUGGCCUUUCUUCUCCUCUGAGCCUCAUUCUCGCGCAACGCAAGCAAACUCAAGCUUCAAUCCAAAUAUCCAUCUUAUAAACAAUGUCUGGACGUGGAAAGGGCGGAAAGGGUCUCGGAAAGGGUGGUGCUAAGCGUCACCGCAAGAUCCUUCGUGACAACAUCCAGGGCAUCACGAAGCCCGCUAUCCGCCGCCUCGCACGUCGUGGCGGUGUGAAACGUAUCUCGGGCCUCAUCUACGAGGAGACCCGCGGUGUUCUCAAGAUCUUCCUCGAAAAUGUCAUUCGCGACUCCGUUACAUACACCGAGCAUGCGAAGCGAAAGACGGUGACGGCGCUCGACGUCGUGUAUGCGCUCAAGCGGUCCGGCAGGACGCUUUACGGUUUCGGCGCAUGAGUUUCUAUCCGCAUCUGUCGUUGAUGGUUGUGGCGUGGCCGAGGCUGCGGUGUACUUCUGUAUUGCUACUGUAGUUUUAUCUAUUUUUGUUCGCUUUU